UGUCGCUAGGGCCGUGUCGGUAUCUGGUUCAUAUUGACCAUCGUGCGAGUACAGAACGUCAGCAAACUUAAUACUGAUAAAGAAAAAACAUGACGACCCAUUUUAAGAAAGUGCUCCGCCAGGCGCUAAAAACUUUCGAGCGUGCCAACUAUAAUCAUGCCACAUUCAAUGCCAAUCUGCAACAACUAAAACAACUAACAGAUCAGCUAACAUAUCGCGAUUUACAUUUGAGCAAGGACGAGCUAUUUCACGAUGCCUUUAACGAGACUGCCGACCGAGCUCCCUGUUCGUACAUUCACAUUUUCGAAAACGAGUUGGUUUCCAUGAGCGUGUUCAUCAUGCGCCCUGGCUACACAAUGCCGCUUCAUGAUCAUCCAAUGAUGCAUGGAAUUUUGCGUGGCAUUUGGGGACAGCUGCGUGUGCAGAGCUACACACAGCAAUUAGGCGUCAACGAAUCUGAGCCAUUGGUAUACGAUAAGAACCCCACGGAGGUGCGGGUUAUCGCGGAGCAGCCAAAUGUUGUCACCCCUCAAACCACGAGCGCAUUGCUAACACCAAGGGAGCGAAACUUCCAUCAGAUCACAGCCGUUAAUGGUGUUGCCGCUUUCUUUGAUAUCUUAAGUCCGCCCUACGAUGCUAAUAUGCCGAUAUACGGCCCACGCCGUUGCCGUUUCUAUCGCCCCAAAUCAGAUUCUGAUAAUCAGAUACAUCUCCAGUGCAUUCCAUCGCCUGGAAGCUAUUAUUGUGAUUUAGUAGACACGCCGGAUUCUGUUCUACAAUGUGGAUUUGUCUGUGCUGCCGAAAUUUUCGGCGAUCAUGCCACCGAGAUGCAGUGAAACAGCCAUAAUUAUAAGCUUCAGAUAAAUGUUUAAAGUUAUAUUCCCGCUCGACAUUAUAUCAAUUUAGGUUAAACGGCAGCAGCAUCUAAGCGUUUUCUGUGUUAUUUAAAUAAUUGCCCCUAUUUUUAAUGUUAAAUAGAAGCUAAAUAGCAACUGUUUGCUUCUACCAUUAAUAAAUUCAUAUUUCAAAAAUUA